CCCUCGUGUGUGUAUUUUGGUGUUUGUCGUUUUUGUUGGUGUUCCACGAAGUCGUCACCCUCUUUUUUUCUCUUUCACGAAUCAAGAUUAACACCUCCUUCUCCUUCCCUUUCUCUCUCUUCUCUCUCUCCUCCAUUUUCUCUCUCCUCUCUUUCUCCGUCUCCGUCACUGCCAAAAUGGUCAACGGUCCUGGCCUCUUCUCCGACAUCGGAAAGCGUGCUAAAGAUCUUCUUUCGAAGGAUUACGUCUUAGAUCAGAAAUUUACCAUUUCAUCAUGCAGCGAAACUGGUGUGGCAUUCACCUCAACUGCUGUGAAGAAUGGAGGAUUGUCAGCUGGAGAUGUGGGUGCCUUGUAUAAGUACAAGAACGUCAUGGCCGAUGUCAAACUUCACACAGAGUCAAGUAUCUCCACUACAUUCACAAUCGCCGAUAUACUCCCAUCAACAAAAGCUAUUGCUUCAUUCAAGAUACCAGAUUACUCUUCUGGCAAGCUGGAGGUUCAAUACUUCCAUAACCAUGCAACCUUUACAACUGCUUUUGCGCUAAAACAAUCUCCUAUUGUUGAUGUGACGGCUACACUUGGCACACCUACUAUUGCCUUUGGUGUGGAAGCAGGCUAUGACGCCAAUUCUGGUAACUUUACCAAGUAUACUGCCGGUGUUAAUGUGUCAAAGCCCGAAUCAUGUGCUUCAAUUCUUUUGGGUGAUAAGGGAGAUACCAUAAAGGCAUCAUACCUACACCAUUUGGAUCAGCUGAACAAAAGUGCUGCAGUUGCUGAAUUCAGCAGAAGGUUCUCAACCAAUGAGAAUACUUUCACUGUUGGAGGAUUGUAUGCAGUUGAUAAGUUGACAGUUGUUAAGGCGAAGCUCAAUAACCACGGGAAACUUGGCGCUGUCCUUCAGCAUGAGGUGAUUCCUAAAUCAGUGCUCACUAUUGCCAGUGAAUUCGAUACCCUAGCCUUGGACAAAACUCCAAGGUUUGGCUUGGGACUCGCUCUUAAGCCUUGAUGAUGCUUUCUUUCAGAUAAUUUUCACGAUUCCUUUUUUUGCCCCACUACGGCUCUGUUGCUGGAGCUAUCAAUAAGUAGUUCUGCAGAUAUAUUCAUUUGUAGGUUCCUUCUGGCUGAGGAUCUCUAGACUCCUGCUAUCAUACUCUGUUGUUGAUCUUUUGUCUAUAGGAUUUUUCGAGUCUUGUCAUUUCUACAAGGAGGCAUUAAAACUUGCAGAGAUUUCUCCUGGUAGUAAUUUAUUUAGUUGGAUGAAUCAAUUGCUGAUACUCUGUUGUUUGAAAUGAAUACUAGAAAUGGAAUUGGUUUUUUUACCUGACGAUAAA